AUGUCUGGGAAUCAUUUAAUUGAGACGUCAUGGGACAGCCAGGCUUCUCAAGGAACUAUUGGUCAUGAGGAUGAUAAUCCAGAAGAUGAAUCAGUUGUCAAUGAAGAAGCAUUUUUGUUUGAAGAAAAAGAUGCGGCGUACAAAGGGGAAAUGGAUUUGGAUGAUCCUGCCUGUAACGAAUUGUUAGGCACAGAUAAUGGUGAGGAAUUAUGCGCUGGUGCUGAGGAAGCAGCAUUUGCAGAUGUGAUCGUGUCUGGAAUAGAUGAUACCCAGGAAAGUACGUUUGUUAAUGAUGGAGAACAAGAGGAGCCAAUGAAUGAAGAAGAGAUUAAAUCUGAAGAAACUGGUGAAGAUGGAACAGUUAAGUCGGAGAGAACUGGGGUUAUCUCUUUAGCUGCUACAACUUCAAGAGACUCAAUACCAGAAAAAUUGGAAAUCAAUGAACAACAGGCAGCUCAACUGAAACAAUAUUUGCCGAAAUUUAAUAGAGGAAGAGGAAGAGAUCAGGGUCGACAAAAUACUCUACGCAAUCCUGGAGCACGGCCUCGGAUGGGCUUAUUACAGAACCCUCAGGCACUGCUAGGUCAGGUUAUUCAAGGCCUGCUCGGCCAGCAGCCCCGAAUGGGUUUUCCAUUUCCUGGGGGUCCACCAAACAGAGGCCCAUUCCCUGCAGGCAUGUUAAAUUCACAGAAUCCGAGAGGUCCCUUUAUGAAUCCAAGAGUACCAGCUGGACCUUUUAAUGCUCCUUUCAGUGGACCCCAAAGGGGUCCUUUUCCUGGAAGGUUUCCAAACACUCCCAAUCAGAGGGGAUUGUUUUUUGGUGGUCAGCAGCCUGUUAGGCCUAAUAGACUGCCAUUAGGUCCUCAGCCUGGGUUACCAAACCAGAGGGUGGCGAAUCCGAACCUGUUUAUGCAAAGACCGCCACUUCUAGGACAACAGGGCAUCAGGAUUCCAAACUCUGGACCUAGACCACUUUUAGGAAACCCUGGGCCAGGUGGAAGGUUUAUUAGGCCUGGUCAGAAUUCAGCUGCUCAGCAAGGCCAGUCAUUUCCAGCGCUUAUGAACCAAGUAGCAAAUGUUUUGAAGAACUCUAUGGGAGCACAACAAAUGAGGCCUCCGCUUAUGAUGCCAAACAACAGGCCACCAGUUCAACAGAUAAGACCAUUUCAGGGCUUAAAUCGAUUCCAGCAUCCUGUUGGUCAGCCGCCCGGGGCUCCUAGAUUCCCGCCCAGAAUUCCAGGUCCUGGAGGUGCAUUUAUGAAUUCAAUGAUCCGAGGCAAUCAGCAGCAUUUUUUAAAUGGUCAUGGUGGAAUGAUGUUUGGAAACCAAACAAUGAACCCCAGAUUUCCG